GCCCUGUUCAUUGCUCUGUUGCUUCACUUUGCCACGGCUGCCAGCAAUCGACGGACUGCUGUGGCCGAAGCAACACCUUCUCUCAUGCCUCCUCCGCAUCCUUUCUCCCCUCCCUUCCUUCCAUCCCCGCUCCCGCUCCCCCCUCAGGCCCUGUUCAUUGCUCUGUUGCUUCACUUUGCCACGGCUGUCAGCAACCGGCGGGCUGCGGUGGCCGAUGCAGCAGCGCAGGAGGAGGACGAGGAGGCGAGGCGGGUGAAAGAGGAGCCUAUGGAGGAGGAGGAGGAGGGGGACGAUGCGGGGAUGGAUGGAGAGGAGGGCAGUGACAGGAGGCUGGCAGGGCGGAGGAAGAGGGAGGAGGAGAGGAGGAAGGAGGAGGAGGAGCGGGGGCACAAGAGGCGGCUCAAGGCAGCGGGGGAGAAGGAGUGGAUGCGCUGUGUGCUGGGCCACAUGCGCUCGCUGUGCCGCUACCACAGCCCGCAGAGGCGCGAGUCUUCACACAGGUUGAAGACCCAGUCAUCCGCGACACUCUCUUGUCCGCCCUGCUCUGCCCCUAGCCGCUGCUGCUCUGCCCGUGGGGGUGCUUUUCUGCCCGUUCCUGCUGCUCUGCCCAUGGGGGGUGCUGUUCUGCCCGUUCCUGCUGCUCUGCCCAUGGGGGGUGCUGUUCUGCCCGUUCCUGCAUCUCUGCCCGUUCCUGCUCCUCUGCCCCUAGGUGCUGCUCUGCCCUUCACUGCUGCUCUGGCACUAUUGUCUAGUGUCUGUAUGACACUCCAUGGUGUGUCGGGUAGUCCAAUCAAACGUGUGCCUCAUCUGCACAUACCGUAUGCACUGUCAAAAGCUGCAGACCCACUGCUGGCUGAUAUGCAUGCAUGA